UUGUAAUCCAAAAUCCACACGUAGGUCUGCGCGGCAUAGUGGCCAACAAAGUCAAUGGUCAACGGGUAUCCUUGUAGGACCUUUGCUGUCCCUCCCUGUUGUCAGUCUAGGAUAAAAAGGCAAACUUGAACUUGAACUGCUCCUCCAUUCCCAUAACCACAUUUCCAUAGCUUGCCAACAAAGAAAAGCACAUCUUCCCCAAAUAAAACCCCUGUUUCAGCAAAAACCCAUUUCACCAAAACAACCAAGACCCUCAUAUAAGCGAAAGCCAGAAGAAUCCAGAGCUCGUAAGAAGAAGAAGAAGGUUGAGAAAAAUGAAGCUACUUUGGUCACCUGACACAGCCACUAGAGCCUACAUCGACACCGUUCGAUCUUGCCAAGUUUUCAAUGAAUCCGGGGUGGCAGAGCUUGUUUCAGCCAUGGCAGCAGGCUGGAACGCCAAGUUAAUAGUCGAGACAUGGUCACAAGGAGGAGCCAUUGCAACCAGCAUUGGUCUUGAAAUCGCCAGCCGGCACACGGGCGGACGGCACGUGUGUGUAGUCUCGGACGAGAAUGCAAGGUCAGAGUUCAUCACGGCCAUGAAAGAAGCAGCAGACAUGAACCCAGAAGUGCUUGUUGGUGAGCCAGAGGAGGUCAUGUCUCAGCUUGUAGGAAUAGAUUUCAUGGUUGUGGAUUGCAAGCGCAAAGACUAUGCUAGGGUCUUAAGGCAGGCGAGGUUGAAUCAGAGAGGUGCGGUUUUGGUUUGCAAGAAUGCGAAUUCGAAAAGCGAUUCAGGUUUCAGAUGGAGGAGUGUUAUUGAUUGUGGAUCAAGAAGGGUGGUUAGGACUGUGUUCUUGCCUGUAGGGAAAGGGAUAGAUAUGGCUCAUGUAUCCAGCAGUGGAGGGAAUUCAGGAUCGGGGUCGAGCAAAGUAGAGAAGAGAUGGAUCAAACACUAUGAUCAAAAAUCUGGGGAGGAACAUGUUAUCAGAAAGUAAAAUAUUUUUUCGGAAAUAGAAUAUUCUUUAUUUCUUUAGUUUUCAAUGAUACAAUGUACAUAACUUGUCUUUGUACCAAUAGAUUUUUCCAAGGACUUGUGUAAUGUAUAUGAUUCCCCUUUGUGAAAUGGAAAUGAAUCAGAAAUUUCUUAUCA